GAUUUUUAUCAGCUCGUCUUCCACCUCCGUCCGUCGUACCCAUGUGGUUGAGCUCGGCUUCGAGCUCCCAUUCCCCAUGCGUCGUCCGUCACCUCGCCCUCGGCGCGCGCCUCUGCUUCCUGGUAGCCACGCCCAGCUUCCUCUCUUCCGCGCGCCCCCUGCUUCUCCUUGGCUAGGGCUUCUUCCUCUUCCUGCUCGCCAUGGCUGGUCGAGUUUUGCCCCAGCCUCAGCGCUGUGAUUUCUCCCUCCAUCUCUACUGCGCGUGCUCUGGUCCCAGCGCCGCGCUCCUUUCUCCCAUGCUGCGUGCCGUGCUCCUACUGCUCCCUGCGCGCUGCGGCCCGCUGCUCCUCCCAGCCAUGGAGCUCGCCAGCCGGCGCUCCUCCAGUCGCCCAGCCCAGCAGGAGCUUCUCCCAUGGCCGUGACGCCCUGGCUCCUGCUCUCCUCAUCACGCGCGCCUGGGCGCUGCCCCAGGUGGCCGUCUGUCCUCCCGUAUCGCCUAGCUCGUGAAGGCUGCCGAGUCCGACCCCGCCGUGAGCUCCCUGGUGUCGCGUCCCGACCAAGCUCCCUACUCGGCGUCCGUCUCCUAACUCGCGCCCUACUUCCAUGGCCACACGCCCAUCUCUCUGUUCGCCUCUGCGCACAGCUCCCCAAGCUCCAUGGCCGGUUCCCUGCUCGCGUCGUGGUCUCCCAGCUCGUCAGCACUUGUUCAAGUCGUCUCGGCUCACUCCGCCUCAAAUUCCAGCGCCUCGCCCUGCUCUCGUGGUUCAGCGACGGCCGGCGCGAGCCUGACCGUGGUGGUGUCGUGGCGUGGCGACGUCGUGCGCGUCGCGACAGCUGUCUUGGUCGUGAAGUAGUCCGCGCCAUAGAGUUCGCUCGACCACGGUCUCGUUAAACUGCGAAGCUUCCUCGCCGUGCGCUCUAGCAUCGGCUGCCGCCGAUUCCGCCAUAAAAUUCACGAGCGCUCCUUGCUCAGUUUGUUUCGCAGUGGGCAAUUUCUCCACGUUUCAAUUCUGUGCUGCUUGCCCUGUGUGCGCUCGCUCCUCAUCCACCGGGCUUCGACGUGUUCGCGUUUACUGUCGAGUCGUCGAACCCGUCAUCCCCUGCUCGACCCUCACCUCACCAGCUCGCUCCAGACUUCAAUUGAAGGUCGUCGUCGUUCCGUGCGUCGUCAAGAAGUCCCAAGCGUCGAGUGAAGACGAAGCUAGCCGCGUGAUAUUUACCAAGUGCUCGACAGAAGACCUGAACAAGAAUCAGCAACGUUUGCUUGGAAUUUUAAUUGAAUCGGUAACUGUUCUCUAGUUUGCUAGUUCUUUAAUUGAUUGAGCCGAUUUACUAUUUUUACUAUUGAUUUUAUGAUCGUAAAAUAAGACGCUUAGUUUGUGUAUGAAGUUUAAGUUAGAAAUACUCAUGAUGCGAGGCGUGCUUCGAGG